ACACAAACAAAUCACUUCCUAAACUCUCUCAUGGCUGCUAAACCAAGUUUUGUGGUUGCAUACGCUGUGAUGUUCAUGCUUAUGGUGGCUUCUCCCACUGUGAGAUCUCGACCUCUCAUGAAACCAACCGUUGGUGCACCUUCUCCUUCCGCGAGCCUUGUGUACCGUCUCAGGCUUGAUGAAGAAACAGGUUACUGCUGGGACUCACUGAUGCAGCUCCAACACUGUUCUGGAGAGCUGAUCUUGUUCUUCCUCAACGGUGAGACUUACAUUGGACCUGGGUGUUGCAGUGCUAUAAGAACCGUGGGACGCAAGUGUUGGACUACUAUGAUUGGUGUUCUUGGUUUCACUCCUCAAGAAGGUGAUGUUCUCCAAGGUUACUGUGAUGACGACCAAGACUCUGACAAGAUUGGUGAUGAACAUGCUCUUGCCUCCUCACCGCUGCAUUUGUCCCUUAAGUUCAAGCCUAGAACUGUUGUUAGAUCUUCUAACCCUUGAAUCCAGAGCGUAUGUUUUAUUUUUCUAAGAGAAACUUUAUAUAAUGUAAUAAGAGAGGAAUGUUGAGAGAGCAAUAGCUUCUCUGUUAUU